AUGUCCUUGCACACUCUGGCACGCUUGUCCAUGUCCUUGCUCACGUAUGUGUCCUUUUGCACGUUCCUGCGUGUCCUUGCACACUCUGGCAUGCUCUUACAUGCCUUUGCACAUGCGUCCUUUUGCACGUUCCUGCAUGUCCUUGCACACUCUGGCAUGCUCUUACAUGCCCUUGCACAUGCAUGCAUGCUCUUGCACACUCUGGCACGCUUCCGCGUGUCCUUGCUCACACAUGUGCAUGAUUUUGGACACUCCUACAUGUCCUUGCUCGCAUGUGCAUCCUCUUGCACACUUCUUCCUGCCUUUACACGCUCUGACACGCUCCUACAUGUCCUUGCUCACACAUGCAUGCUCUUGCACGCUCCUGCAUGUGCAUGCUCACAUGCGCAUGCUUUUGCACACCCCUACAUGUCCUUGCACACUCCUGCAUGUCCUUGCUCACAUGUGCAUCCUUUUACAUGCUCCUUCACGUCCUUGCACACUCUGGCACACUCCUACAUGUCCUUGCUCACUCCUGUGUGCUCUUGCACGCUCCUGCGUGUCCUUGCUCACACGUGCAUCCUUUUGCACAUUCCUACACAUCCUUGCACGCUCUGGCACACUCCUACAUGUCCUUGCUCACUCCUGCGUGCUCUUGCACACUCCUACAUGUCCUUGCUCACUCCUGCAUGCUCUCGCAUGCUCCUGCACGUCCUUGCUCACACAUGUGUGUGCUUUUGCACGCUCUCCCAUGCAUCCUUGCACGCUCUGGCACACUCCUACAUGUCCUUGCUCACUUCUGCAUGCUCUUGUGCGCUCCUGCGUGUCCUUGCACACACGUGCAUCCUUUUGCAUGUUCCUACACAUCCUUGCACGCUCUGGCACACUUUUACAUGUCCUUGCUUGCACGUGCAUCCUCUUGCACAUUCCUUCACAUCCUUGCACACUCCUACGUGUCCUUGCUCACUCCUGCACGCUCUGGCACACUCCUACAUGUCCUUGCUUGCACAUGCAUCCUCUUGCACAUUCCUUCACGUCCUUGCACACUCUGACACACUCCUGCAUGUCCUUGCUCACUCCUGCAUGUCUUGCUCACUCCUGCAUGUCCUUGCACACUCUGGCACACUCCUGCAUGUCCUUGCUCACUCCUGCAUCACCCAGGUGCCCCCCAACACCUGGGGAGGAGGGGAGGUUAAAUCCCUCUGA